UGAUAUCACAGUAGUAAAGCUAAUCUAACAAGGUCUAUUGCUACAUGUAUGUAGGCUUCUUUUUUACAUUCAUGCAGCAUUCCUACAACACGUCAUACAAUUUCUUGGCAUCAUACUAGAAAUAAGGACAAAAUUAUCACAGAAAAAUUGCCGUUUACGUUAACCAAACAAAAAUUCUGUGCCUGGAUAGUGUUCAGCACCAAGGACAGGAGUGUUUGUGUGUGAGGGGGUGUAUUUGAAUAGCACCAAGGAAUGAACGUUUGCUUGUGUGUACAUGUGUGUACACAUGACGCUUACUUGCGUCUUUUUGCCCCUGUCUGAUAAUUAUUUAGGAAGUAUGAAACUCUCAAGCGAUCACCAACUUUGAAACUGGCAAGCGAUCAACAACUGUUGUCAAGUGAUAAGAGGCUUCUGCCAGAGCCCCCUAUGUCUGUGUAUCAGAAGCGCCGCCUUGCAAUCCUUUUUAUAAGUGCAGUCAGGCAUCGUGUUGAAAGCCACUUUGUUGUGCGCAUUCUUUAGAAAUUAUAAAAGUUGAUGAUAGACUGCUCAUCGUCUUUAAUAUAUUAUACCGGGAUUCGCCAAGCAAGAACUUAAUAGAACUGAAAUUUUCUAUCAUCAAGCAUCACCUACCAUUUGACCAAAAGCAUCACCUACAAGUGUUCACGAGAACUGCGAUAUAAGCGGCCAGGCGUCGUCUGAAACACCACAAUUUCCAAGAACCUGCUCCUCUGACCUUCAUACGCAAAUACUCGCACGUCAGGUUGGUCACAAUGGAAAAUUGGUACAAACCGCAAAAUUGUCGCAAUUUGGCGCGGUCGACUGAGACAUCCGCUUACCUCAGGAUCCACCGUCUGGUAGUCUCCACAUAUUUACAUAAGUGGGCGGUACUUGAUAUCUCAUUCACAUGGCUAGAAUAACUCCCAAUGUGCAAAACAAACGGUCUCCUUUUACCUUUGUGUUUAGAGACAGAAGGCAGGACAGCAACUAGACGCUUCAGUAACACAGUACAGGCUCACGUGGUUUCGGGAGAAGGACCUUUGACGAUCAUGGAUGUAUUCACAGUGGACACAGUCAUUGCAGUACUAAGUGCAGCUGCUAUCGUUGUCUACUUCCUGCGCUCUCAACGAACCCCACAUUCGUCGUCUUGGCCCAAGACUAAGCAACCUCUGGCGUACAUUCGGAAGGUGAUACCGAAGAAAGUAAGAUUACAGAUGCCUCUCAACUCCCUUAACGACUUCAUACCGGUGGGGGAAGCGACAGCGGUCCAUGACGUGGUGCAAUUAUUUGCUCAUCGUGGGAACGAGUUUUCUGUUUACAGUAUAGACUGGGAACAAGAGGUGGUCGUGCUCAUCCGACCCGUGGAUGGUGCGGAUUUGAAGGCACAUCCGUUCUUUCUUGAGGCUCAGAGACAAAACGCAGCCGAGGUUCUCUGUGUUCCACUGGAGCGACUCCAGGAGGUAGCGAGCGCCGUAACUGACGAGGUUGCGCAUGUGCAGGAAAUCUUCAUCUUCCAUACAGCCCGAUGUGGAUCGACUCUGGUAACGCGACUUGUAGAGGCCACUUCGGUAGCGCAGGCUAUGAGUGAGCCUGAGGUGUUCUCCAUCAUAUCCAUGGCUCUCCUCCGACUAAAGCGCGGCCAGACUCCAUCGCGUCCCAGCUGCCCCGAGGUUCUGUCAAAUGACGAGUCUACCAUAACUCUUCUGAGAAACGUCGUCACUUUGAUGAACUAUAACCUCGUGACGUCAGAUCCACGUCACCGUCACAUCAUCUUUUAUAAGAUUAAGCCCGACAAUAUCCUCUUGGGUGACCUGAUGGCUCGCGCCUUCCCGUUGGCCAAGACCGUCUUCCUGUACCGGAAUGGUCUGGACGUUUCUGAAUCCUUUGCUCGACUCGUCCUACAUCAGAAGUACGUGCUUUAUGUGGCUUUCUGGCUGAUGAUGCGCCUCGGUUUAAGAAUUCGUGCGCUUCCCUUUCCUGACUUCUUGCGAUGUUUCGGAGACAACCCGAAGUUCUCGACGGUGCGUCAUCGCGGGACGGAUUUGUUCUACAUCUACACCAGGUGGGCCGGCGUGCUGCAGUGCGCCGCCGAUCUGCAACGGCGGCAGCCCGGGUAUUUCUUCCACGCCGUCAUCUACUACUCAUCCCUCGUUAACGACAAACGGAAGACGUUCAGUCUACUGAUGGAGAAGCUGGGUUUGAAGUGGAGUCUACACGACCCAAGAGAAGACACAGAUAAGAUCGAGAAAGCAUUGGUUCAGGACAGCCAAGCAGGAACCUCUAUGUGUUCGAGGUGAUGCUUCUCGUUUCUGCUAGA